ACUGUAUCGCGACUUUAAGGGAGGGAUAAUCAAAAUAAGUCACUGUGUGCGUAAUAUAUUUAGUUUUACCACAUGAACCUGCGUGUAUCCAGACAUACAUGUCCUCUUUAUUACGCUUAUGUUUACAUGGCACAUUUUUAACCACCUGUGAUGAAGUUGUGGACAAGUAUAUUGAGUACGAACCUGUCAUUAUCUAUCUGGAUGCUCUGCUGCUGAAACUCCCUGCCUUCAGACAUAUCCUCAUAAACACAGUGCAGACAGCGAUAUGGAAGUUUACACUAGUGAUCCUCUUGUGUGAGGCGUUCAUCCGGCUGCUGCAGGAUCGGUAUGCGAGAGUCCCGAUGGCCGGCCCCAUCAAACCAGACUAUGUGUUCUACUCAGCUCUAGAAUGGAACCUGUACUACAACUACGCUGUAUCAGCAGUAGAGCUGAUGAUAUUUCUUGUGGCUGUUGUGAUGGUGUUGUGCAUUCUACAGCGAAGCAGAGGGAGGGGACAGCAAGAUUCACAACUCAAUCUCAAGCUGGUCGUCCGAUCUCUGAUUUGGUCCAACUUCGGGAAGGUGCUUGUGAUUCCCGUCAUGCUGUGGGGACAGACGUACAGCGCCAUCUAUCUCAGUCUCAGUCGAGCCUACGUCCUGGCCUCUUACGUGCAGGCUCUCCGAGUGAGUGGACCGAGGUCAAGUUUCUUAGAAGCUGCAACUGUCAUCAGCAUAGGCUCUGCUGUACAGUGGGGCGUCAUGACCUGUCUUCCCACAUGACCUGGACAGUGGGGUGUCAUGACCUGGACAGUGGGGCAUCAUGACCUGGACAGUGGAUUGUCAUGACCUUGACAUCAGAGUCUCACGACCUUGACAGUGGGGCAUCAUGACCUGGACAGUGGAUUGUCAUCACCUUGACAUCAGAGUCUCACGACCUUGACAGUGGAGACUUGUCAUCUUGCAGUUCGAAAGAAACUGCCGAAAAAUCUAGCAAAUGGAACUAUGAUGAAAAAUUUCAUCAACUGGCAUCAUACUUUGUCCAAUGUGUUAGAUUUUAGUAUCGGUGUUUAUGCAGAAAAUAUUUCAACAUGAAUGCCGACAGCUGUCUUUGUUUAAACUGUAGACAUCUUCAACUGAUGACUAUAUACUAUAUACAUCCACACGAGCUACCGUGCCAUGGCGCUAUUUUUACUUGUUACCAUGGUUACCUUUACAUAUUUUAUAAUAAAAAAAAGUCACAAAGUCA